UCCUGAGUAGGAUAUUCGAGAGCUCGACUCGAGCUGCAGAUACUCUGCAAAAUAACCCUAAUUUCUCCAACUCUGGGCCUUUAAACACCGAACCGUCGACGUUUCUGGAUUGCUUUGGAACAGGGCACGAGAUCCAACAUGAAUCCCAAGUGCGCACGAUGCACGAAGACGGUGUACCCGAUGGAAAAACUGAACUGCCUGGACAAGUACUGGCACAAGGGAUGCUUCAACUGCGAGGUGUGCCGUAUGACCCUCAAUAUGAAGAACUACAAGGGCUACAACAAGAAUCCUUACUGCAAUGCGCACUACCCCCAGAGCAAGCCGACGGUCGUAUCAGAGACACCGGAGAUUGCUCGUGUUAUGCAGCAGUCGCAGCAGCAAAGUCUGGCUGACAAGCCCUGGGACACGCCGGAGACCAAGCGCGUGCGGGAAAUGAACACAGUCCAGAGCGAGGCGGAGAUGGCAGCUGAGAUGGAGCUAACCGGUGAGCGGGCUGAGCAGCCCUAUGACACACCGGAAAUCGUCCGAUGUCGGGAAAUGAAAGAUCUCCAAAGCGAGAGAGUGUACAAGGAGAGAGCUAAACAACAAAUGAAGGGUUACGUAUCAGUUCCAGACUCACCUGAAAUUGUGAGAUUAAAAGAACAGCAAAAUCUCAGCGAGGUAAAAUACCACGAGGCCUACGAGAAGAGCAAGGCCAAGGGGUACACGCCUGUCGUUGACACGCCCGAAAACAUCCGCGUCAGGGAGUCCGGAAAGAUCGUGAGCCAGGUGAAGUGCAUAGAAGACUUUGAGAAGCUGCCCAAGCCGGGGAUGCUUCCUCCAGAUACCUCGGAAAUAACUCGAAUGAAGAAAGUGCAACAGAUGCAGAGUGAGAUUCCUUACAAAAAGGAAGUAAAGGAGAGUACAGGCAAGUUCUUCCCUGUCCAAGACACCCCGACCUACCAGCACCAACUACAAUUGACUAAAUAUCAGAGCGACCAUGUCUACUCAGAUGAGGCUAAGUACAUCAUGGAGAAGGGACACAGUCAGUACCCCUUCACUCCUGAAAUGACUAGGGUACAGGGAGCUGAGAAGGUCAAAUCUGAGCGGUUAUAUAAGGAGAGCUACGAGAAAUGGAAGUCCACCUUUACUCUUCCACCAGACACUCCUGUCAUUGUUCACGCUAAGAACAUGGGUGAACUUCACAGCGAGAUGAAGUACCAUGAACUGUAUCAGAAAGAGCUUGGACUGACCAAUAAGUUGCCACCAGACGCCAUUCUGCUCAGGAGUGCCAAACAAGCUGUGAAAAUAGCCAGCGAGAUUGAAUACAGCAAAAAGUCUCUCCAAGAGACUAGAAAGAUGCCAUACACUGCAGUCGACUCUCUCGCGUACAUGACAGCAAAAGCAGUCUCAGGCAUGAUCAGUCAGGUAGAGUAUACCAAGCAGCUUGGCAAGACUCUAUCGCAGUACAACAUCACGGCAGACACACCAGCAAUCCAGCAAGCGAAGAAGGCACAACAGAUACAGAGCCAGAACACCUAUACCAAGGACAAGCCCACCAACUACACUGCAGUGUACGACUCUCCACUGAUGAAACAGGCCUCGAACCUGUCCAAGAUACAGAGUGAUAUUCCCUACAAACAAGAAGUAAAGGAGACUACAGGCAAGUUCUUCCCUGUCCAAGACACCCCAACCUACCAGCACCAACUACAGCUCAGUAAAUAUGAGAGUGACAAUAACUACAAGGGUGAGGCUAAACACAUCAUGCAGCAGGGACACAGUCAGUACCCCUUCACUCCUGAGAUGUUCCUGGUUGGAGACGCAGAGAAGAUCAAAUCCGAGAAUACAUACCGAAAAAUGUAUGAAGACAGCAAGGCACAGGGCAAUACUCUACCAGCGGAUGCCAUCCACAUUAAGAGAGCCAAGGAGGCCAUGGACAUAUCCAGUGAGAUCAACUAUGUGAAGAAAGCCAGGAAGGAUGCCACACACAAGCCUCACAUUGCUGUGGACUCCCUGUCCUACAUGACAGCCAAGGCUGUGAACGGUCUUGUUAGUCAGGUGAAGUACAAGGAACACCUUGACAAGGCCCUGGCCAGCUACAGUCUUCCCUCUGACACUCCGGAGAUCCUGCUAGCCAGGAAGGCACAGAAGAUUCAGAGUCAGCACCAGUACACCAAAGACAAGCCCUCCAAGUACACCACUGUGUAUGACACCCCACUGAUGCUGCAGGCUUCUAAAGUCUCCCAGAUGCAGAGUGAUAUUCCUUACAAGAAGGAAGUAAAGGAGAGUACAGGCAAGUUCUUCAAUGUCCAAGACACUCCGACCUACCAGCACAAUCUACAGCUCAGUAAAUAUGAGAGUGACCAUAAGUACAAAGAUGAGGCAAAGUACAUCAUGGAGCAGGGGCACAGUCAGUACCCCUUCACUCCUGAAAUGUCCAGGGUGGAAGGUGCUGAAAAGAUGAAAUCAGAGCAUCUGUACAAGGCCAACUAUGAGAAGUACAAGACAGGCUACACCAUGCGCGUUGACGACCCCAAGAUUGUCCAUGCUAAAGAGGUGGCUACACUGCAGAGUGAGAACAAGUACAAGGAGCAGUAUGAGAAGGACAAAGAACAGGGGAAGUCCCUAACUGUGGAUUCUGUCAACAUCCAGAGAGCAAAAGAUGCCAUGGAAAUGGCAAGUGAGAUUAAAUACAUGAAAGAAGCUCAGAGAACAGCACAGAGGACUCCGUUCAAUGCAGUGGAUUCCUUGGCUUAUAUGACAGCGAAAGCAGUUUCAAAACUUAACAGUCAGUUGAAGUACACAGAGAAGCUUCGUGAGGCUUUGAGUCAGUACCAGCUCACUGCUGAUGUUCCUGCUAUCAAGGAGGCAAGGAGAGCACAAGAGAUCCAAAGCCAGCAUAACUACACCAAGGACAAGCCAACAAAGUACACUACUGUGUAUGACACACCCUUGAUGUUGCAAGCCUCUAAUGUUGCAAAGAUUCAAAGUGAUAUUCCCUACAAGAGAGAAGUAAAGGAGAGUACAGGCAAGUUCUUCCCUGUCCAAGACACCCCGACCUACCAGCACAUGCUGCAGCUUACUGAAUACGAGAGUGACCAUAAGUACAAAGAUGAGGCUAAACACAUCAUGCAGAAGGGACACAGUCAGUACCCCUUCACUCCUGAGAUGUUUCUAGUGGAGGAUGCAGAAAAGAUCAAGUCAGAGCGCCUGUACAAGCAAAACUAUGAGAAGUGGAAGACAGGCUACACCAUGCACGUUGAUGACCCCAAGAUUGUCCAUGCUAAAGAGGUGGCUACACUGCAGAGCGAGAACAAGUACAAGGAGCAGUAUGAGAAGGACAAAGAACAGGGGAAGUCCCUAACUGUCGAUUCUGUCAACAUCCAGAGGGCCAAAGGUGCCAUGGAAAUGGCCAGUGAGAUUAAUUACAUGAAGGAGGCCCGUAAAGUGGCCCAGCGGAACUCCCAUGGUGCUGUGGACUCUCUGAGCUAUCUGACAGCUAAAGCAGUUUCCAACCUCACCAGUCAGGUGAAGUACACAGAGAAGCUGCGUGAGGCUCUGUCACAGUACCAGCUCUCAGCAGACAUGCCUGCCAUUCUGGAGGCACGGAGGGUGCAGGAAAUACAAAGCCAGCAUAACUACACCAAGGACAGACCAACGCAGUACACCACUGUGUAUGAAACACCUCUGAUGAUGCAGGCUUCUAAUGUCGCAAAGAUGCAAAGUGAUAUUCCUUACAAGAAGGAAGUAAAGGAGACUACAGGCAAGUUCUUCCCUGUCCAAGACACACCGACUUACCAGCACCACCUACAGCUUACUAAAUAUGAGAGCGAUCGCAACUACAAGGAUGAGGCAAAACACAUCAUGCAGCAGGGGCACAGUCAGUACCCCUUCACUCCUGAGAUGUCCAGGGUAGAAGAUGCUGAAAAGAUCAAAUCAGAGCGCUUGUACAAGCAAAACUAUGAGAAGUGGAAGUCCAGAUACACCAUGAGUGUUGAUGACCCCAACAUUAUCCGUGCCAAGGAGGUGGCUUCUCUUCAAAGCGAGAACAAAUACAAGGAGCAGUAUGAGAAGGACAAAGAACAGGGGAAAUCUGAAACUGUGGAUUCUGUCAACAUCCAGAGGGCAAAAGGUGCCAUGGAAAUGGCAAGUGAGAUAAAUUACAUGAAGGAGGCCCGUAAAGUGGCCCAGCGGAACUCCCAUGGUGCCGUGGACUCUCUGAGCUAUCUGACAGCUAAAGCAGUUUCCAACCUCACCAGUCAGGUGAAGUACAGAGAAAAGCUGCGUGAGGCUCUGUCACAGUACCAGCUCUCAGCAGACAUGCCUGCCAUUCUGGAGGCACGGAGGGUGCAGGAAAUACAAAGCCAGCACAACUACACGAAGGACAGGCCUACAAAUUACACCACAGUCUAUGAUACUCCGCUUCUAAAGCAAGCUGCUAACGCGGCCAAGUGGCAGAGUGAUGUUCCAUACAAGAGGGAAGUAAAGGAGAGUACAGGCAAGUUCUUCCCUGUCCAAGACACCCCGACCUACCAGCACAUGCUGCAGCUUACUGAAUACGAGAGUGACCAUAAGUACAAAGAUGAAGCUAAACACAUCAUGCAGCAGGGACACAGUCAGUACCCCUUCACUCCUGAGAUGUUCAGGGUUGACGAUGCUGAAAAGAUCAAAUCUGAGCGCCUGUACAAGGCCAACUAUGAGAAGUGGAAGACAGGCUACACGAUGCUCUUUGAUGACCCCAACAUCAUCCGUGCUAGAGAGGUUACAUCGCUACAGAGUGAGAUCAGAUACGUGGAGGAAGCUCGCAAAGAGGCCCAGAAGAGGCCGUUCAAUGCUGUGGACUCUUUGGCCUAUCUGACGGUCAAAGCAGUUUCAAAUCUCAACAGCCAGCUGAAGUACAGAGAGAAACUCCCCGAGGCUCUGAGCCAGUACCACCUUAGUGCUGAUAUCCCUGCUAUCAAAGAGGCUAGAAGAGCGCAGGAGAUUCAAAGCCAGCAUAAUUACACCAAGGACAGGCCCACCAGGUACACUACAGUGUAUGAGACACCUCUCAUGAAGCAAGCAGAACUAGUGGCCAAGCUACAAAGUGAUAAUCUCUACAAGAAGGAAGUGAAGGAGAGUACAGGCAAGUUCUUCCCUGUCCAAGACACCCCGACCUACCAGCACAUGUUGGAGCUGACUGAAUAUGAGAGUGACCAUAAGUACAAGGAUGAGGCUAAACACAUCAUGCAGCAGGGCCACAGUCAGUACCCCUUCACUCCUGAGAUGUCCAGGGUGGAAGAUGCUGAAAAAGUCAAGUCUGAGCGGUUGUACAAGGAGAACUAUGAGAAGUGGAAGUCCAGGUACACCAUGCUUGUUGAUGACCCCAAGAUUGUCCAUGCUAAAGAGGUGGCUACACUGCAGAGCGAGAACAAGUACAAGGAGCAGUAUGAGAAGGACAAAGAACAGGGGAAAUCUGAAACUGUGGAUUCUGUCAACAUCCAGAGGGCAAAAGGUGCCAUGGAAAUGGCAAGUGAGAUAAAUUACAUGAAGGAGGCCCGUAAAGUGGCCCAGCAGAACUCCCAUGGUGCCGUGGACAAUUUGAGCUAUCUGACAGCUAAAGCAGUUUCCAACCUAACUAGUCAGGUGAAGUAUACAGAGAAGCUACGAGAGGCACUUACCCAGUACCAGAUCACACAUGACAUACCUGCCAUUCAGGAGGCAAGAAGGGCUCAGCAGAUACAAAGCCAGCAUAACUACACUAAGGACAGACCCACCAAGUACACCACAGUGUAUGAAACACCACUCAUGAAGCAAGCAGAGCUGGUGGCCAGACUACAGAGUGAUAUUCCCUACAAGAAAGAUGUGCGAGAGGCUGAAGUGAAGCAGUUCCCAGUCCACGACACUCCAACCUACGAGCACAUGCUGCAGCUUACAAAGUACCAGAGUGACCAUGUCUACAAGGAUGAGGCUAAAGAGAUCAUGGAGAAGGGCCACAGUCAGUACCCCUUCACUCCUGAGAUGUCCAGGGUAGAAGAUGCUGAAAAAGUCAAGUCAGAGCGUUUGUACAAGGAGAACUAUGAGAAGUGGAAGUCCAGGUACACCAUGCUUGUUGAUGACCCCAAGAUUGUCCAUGCUAAAGAGGUGGCUACACUGCAGAGUGAGAACAAAUACAAAGAACAGUAUGAGAAGGACAAAGAACAGGGGAAAUCUGAAACUGUGGAUUCUGUCAACAUCCAGAGGGCAAAAGGUGCCAUGGAAAUGGCCAGUGAGAUUAAUUACAUGAAGGAGGCCCGUAAAGUGGCCCAGCGGAACUCCCAUGGUGCCGUGGACUCUUUGAGCUAUCUGACAGCUAAAGCAGUUUCCAACCUCACCAGUCAGGUCAGGUAUACAGAGAAGCUGCGUGAGGCUCUUACCCAGUACCAGAUCACACAUGACAUCCCUGCCAUUCAGGACGCCAGAAGGGCUCAGCAGAUACAAAGCCAGCAUAACUACACCAAGGACAGACCCACCAAGUACACCACCGUGUAUGAAACUCCACUCAUCAAGCAGGCAGAGUUGGUGGCCAGACUACAGAGUGAUAUUCCAUACAAAAAGGAGAUGAAGGAGGCUGAAGUGAAACAAUUCCCUGUCCACGACACUCCAACCUAUGAGCACAUGCUGCAGCUUACAAAGUACCAGAGCGACCAUGUCUACAAGGAUGAGGCUAAAGAGAUCAUGGAGAAGGGCCACAGUCAGUAUCCCUUCACUCCUGAGAUGUUUCGAGUUGAUGAUGCAGAGAAGAUCAAAUCUGAGCGUUUGUACAAGGAGAACUAUGAGAAGUGGAAGUCCAGGUACACUAUGCUUGUUGAUGACCCCAAGAUUGUCCAUGCUAAAGAGGUGGCUACACUGCAGAGUGAGAACAAAUACAAGGAGCAGUAUGAGAAAGACAAAGAACAGGGGAAAUCUGAAACUGUGGAUUCUGUCAACAUCCAGAGGGCAAAAGAUGCCAUGGAAAUGGCCAGUGAGAUCAAUUACGCCAAAGAAGCUCGUAAAGUGGCCCAGCGGAAACCGUUCAGUGCUGUGGAUUCAUUGACAUACCUGACAGCUAAGGCAGUUUCGAAGCUGAAUAGCCAGUUGAAGUACACAGAAAACCUGCGCGAUGCCCUAACCCAGUACCACAUCACAGCUGAUAUGCCUGCUAUCAAGGAGGCCAGGAGGGCUCAGGAAAUACAGAGCGAGCAUAACUACACCAAGGACAGGCCCACCAGCUACACUACAGUAUAUGAGACCCCACUCAUCAAGCAAGCAGAGUUGGUGGCCAGACUACAGAGUGAUAUUCCCUACAAGAAAGAUGUGCGUGAGGCUGAAGUGAAACAGUUUCCAGUCCACGACACUCCAACCUACGAGCACAUGCUGCAGCUUACAAAGUACCAGAGCGACCAUGUCUACAAGGAUGAGGCUAAGGAGAUUAUGGAGAAGGGACACAGUCAGUACCCCUUCACUCCUGAGAUGUCCAGGGUGGAAGAUGCUGAAAAAGUCAAGUCUGAGCGGUUGUACAAGGAGAACUAUGAGAAGUGGAAGUCCAGGUACACCAUGCUUGUUGAUGACCCCAAGAUUGUCCAUGCUAAAGAGGUGGCUACACUGCAGAGUGAGAACAAGUACAAGGAGCAGUAUGAGAAGGACAAAGAACAGGGGAAAUCUGAAACUGUGGAUUCUGUCAACAUCCAGAGGGCAAAAGAUGCCAUGGAAAUGGCCAGUGAGGUGAACUAUACCAAAGAAGCCCUCAGGGAGGCCCACAGUAAGGGAUACAAUGCAGUGGACUCAGUCCCCUACAUGACUGCCAAAGCAGCAGCUGAGAUCAGCAGUGAGGUGAAGUACACAGAAAAGCUGCGUGAGGCUCUGUCCCAGUAUCUGAUCACACAUGAUGUACCUGCUAUUCUGGAGGCCAGGAGGGCCCAGGAGAUCCAGAGUCAGCAUAACUACACCAAGGACAGGCCUACCAAGUACACCACAGUGUAUGAGACUCCUCUCAUCAAGCAAGCUGAGCUGGUGGCUCAACUACAAAGUGAUAUUCCUUACAAGAAAGAGUUGAAGGAGAGUGUUCGGAAGCAGUUUCCAGUCCACGACACUCCAACCUACGAGCACAUGCUGCAGCUUACAAAGUACCAGAGUGACCAUGUCUACAAGGAUGAGGCUAAGGAGAUCAUGGAGAAGGGACACAGUCAGUACCCCUUCACUCCUGAGAUGUCCAGGGUGGAAGAUGCAGAGAAGAUUAAAUCUGAGCGCUUGUACAAAGCCAACUAUGAAAAGUGGAGAGCACAGUACUCCAAGAGUGUCGAUGAUCCUGACAUUGUUCAUGCCAGGGAAGUUGGAGAGCAACAAAGCGAGAACAAAUACCGUGAGCUUUAUAAGAAAGAACGUGGGAAGACAAAUGCUCUGCCUCCUGACACUGUGGACAACGUCAGAGCAAAGGCUGCUGCCGAAAUCUCCAGUGAGGUGAGGUAUACACAGGAUGCUCAGAAGGAAGCCCGCAGCAAGCCCUUCAAUGCCAUGAUGUCACUCGCCACCCUCACUGCCAAGGUUGUGGCAGGUUUAACCAGCCAGAGGAAGUACACAGACAGGGCAGCCAGGAUUCGUUCCCGCUUUAACAUGCCGGCAGACACGCCCAGCAUUCAGGAGGCAAAGAGGGUGCAAGAGCUUCAGAGUCAGUAUCUCUACACCAAGGAUCGGCCGACAACCUACACUACUGUGUAUGACACUCCUUACAUAAAGCAGGCAGAGCACGUGGCACAGCUGCAAAGUGAUAUUCCUUAUAAGAAAGAGAUGAAGGAAGCUGAAGUGAAGCAGUUCCCAGUCCACGAGACCCCAGUGUACCUGUACCAACUUCAAGUGUCUGGGUACCAGAGUGACCAUGUCUACAAGGAUGAGGCUAAGGAGAUCAUGGAGAAGGGACACAGUCAGUACCCCUUCACUCCUGAGAUGUCCAGGGUAGAAGAGGCUGAAAAAAUUAAAUCUGAGAAACUGUACAAGGAAGCUUUUGAGAAGCAGCGAGGCCACUUCACUGUCCGUGUGGAUGACCCUCAAAUCACUCAUGCCAAGGAAACAACUGAUCUACAGAGCGAGAACAAGUACAAGGAACAGUACCUACAGGAUAAGGGGAAGGGUCAGAUGUUGCCUUUUGAUGCCAUGGAGAACAUGAGAGCUAAGGAGGCCAUGGACAUUGCCAGCGAGGUGAAGUACGUGAAGAAAACUCGUUCUGAGAUGCAGAAUCAGAUGUUCACGUCUGUGGACACUCUGGGGAACCUGACAGCCAAGGCCUGUAUGGACAUGAUCAGCCUGGUCAAGUACAAACAGGAGGCUGAGAAGACCAGGCCGCAGCACAAGAUGCCUGCUGACCUGCCUGAAGUCAAGUGGGCAAAAGAGGUCCAGCUGCUUCAGAGUCAGAAAAACUACACCAAGGACAGGCCAACCAGCUACACCACUGUGUACGAAACUCCACUUAUCAAGCAAGCUGAGUUGGUGGCACAACUGCAAAGUGAUAUCCCUUACAAGAAAGAGAUGAAGGAAGCUGAAGUGAAGCAGUUCCCAGUCCAUGAGACUCCCCUGUAUCAGUACAUGUUACAAGUGUCUGGGUACCAGAGUGACCAUAACUACAAGGAUGAGGCCAAACACAUCAUGGAGAAGGGACACAGUCAGUACCCCUUCACUCCUGAGAUGUCCAGGGUAGAGGAAGCUGAGAAACUCAAAUCUGAGAAACUGUACAAGGAAGCUUUUGAGAAGCAGCGAGGCCACUUCACUGUCCGUGUGGACGACCCUCAAAUCACUCAUGCCAAGGAAACAACUGAUCUGCAAAGCGAGAACAAGUACAAGGAACAGUACCUGCAGGAUAAGGGGAAGGGUCAGAUGUUGCCUCUUGAUGCCAUGGAGAACAUGAGAGCUAAGGAGGCCAUGGACAUCGCCAGUGAGGUGAAGUAUGUGAGGAAAACUCGUGCUGAGAUGCAGAAUCAGAUGUUCACGUCUGUGGACUCCCUGGGGAACCUGACAGCCAAGGCCUGUAUGGACAUGAUCAGCCUGGUCAAGUACAAACAGGAGGCUGAGAAGACUAGGCCGCAGCACAAGAUGCCUGCUGACCUGCCUGAAGUCAAGUGGGCAAAAGAAGUCCAGCAGCUUCAGAGUCAUCAAAACUACACCAAGGACAGGCCAACCAGCUACACCACUGUGUAUGAGACUCCUCUUAUCAAACAAGCAGAGCUGGUCGCUCAACUGCAAAGUGAUAUUCCUUACAAGAAAGAGAUGAAGGAAGCUGAAGUAAAGCAGUUCCCAGUCCACGAGACAGAGCAGUACAAGUACAUGUUACAAGUGUCUGGGUACCAGAGUGACCAUAACUACAAGGAUGAAGCAAAACACAUCAUGGAGCAGGGACACAGUCAGUACCCCUUCACUCCUGAGAUGUCCAGGGUAGAGGAAGCUGAAAAAAUUAAAUCUGAGAAACUGUACAAGGAAGCAUUUGAGAAACAUAGAGGCCAGUUCACGGUUCGACUGGACGACCCUCAGAUUGCUCAUGCCAAGGAAGUAUCUGAUCUCCAAAGCGAGAACAAGUACAAGGAACAGUACCUACAGGAUAAGGGGAAGGGUCAGAUGUUGCCUCUUGAUACCAUGGAGAACAUGAGAGCCAAGGAGGCCAUGGACAUCGCCAGUGAGGUGAAGUACUACCGUCCAACCCGAGAUGAGAUGCAGAAUCAGAUGUUCACGUCUGUGGACACCCUAGGGAACCUGACAGCCAAGGCCUGUAUGGACAUGAUCAGCCUGGUCAAGUACAAACAGGAGGCUGAGAAGACCAGGCCGCAGCACAAGAUGCCUGCUGACCUGCCUGAAGUCAAGUGGGCAAAAGAAGUUCAGCAGCUUCAGAGUCACCAAAACUACACCAAGGACAGGCCAACUAACUACACCACUGUGUAUGACACCCCUUUUAUCAAGCAAGCUGAGCUGGUGGCUCAACUGCAAAGUGAUAUCCCUUACAAGAAAGAGAUGAAGGAAGCUGAAGUGAAGCAGUUCCCAGUCCAUGAGACUCCCCUGUAUCAGUACAUGUUACAAGUGUCUGGGUACCAGAGUGACCAUAACUACAAGGAUGAGGCAAAAUACAUCAUGGAGAAAGGACACAGUCAGUACCCCUUCACUCCUGAGAUGUCCAGGGUAGAGGAAGCUGAGAAACUCAAAUCUGAGAAACUGUACAAGGAGAACUUUGAGAAGCAGAGAGGUCAUUUCACUGUUCGCGUGGACGAUCCAGAAAUCCUUCAUGCCAGGGAGACUGCAGCGCUGCAGAGUGAGAGGAAGUACAAGGAGCAGUAUAUCAAAGACAAGGGCAAGGGACUCCUACUGCCACUGGAUGCCAUGGAGAAUCUGAGAGCUAAGGAGGCCAUGGACAUCGCUAGUGAGGUGAAGUACUACCGUCCAACCCGAGAUGAGAUGCAGAAUCAGAUGUACACCUCCGUGGACUCGCUGGCUAACCUGACUGCCAAGGCCUGUACCGACAUGAUCAGCCAGGUAAAAUACAGGGAAGAGGCUGAGAAGAUGCGUCCGCAGCACAAGAUGCCUGCUGACCUGCCUGAAGUCAAGUGGGCGAAAGAAGUCCAGUAGCUCCAGAGUCAGAAAAACUACACCAAGGACAGGCCAACCAGCUACACCACUGUGUAUGACACUCCUCUUAUCAAGCAAGCCGAGCUGACAGCCCAACUACAAAGUGAUAUUCCUUACAGGAAGGAAGUGAAGGAAGCUGAAGUAAAGCAGUUCCCUGUCCACGAGACAGAGCAGUACAAGUACAUGUUACAAGUGUCUGGGUACCAGAGCGACCAUGUCUACAAGGAUGAAGCUAAAGACAUCAUGGAGCAGGGACACAGUCAGUACCCCUUCACUCCUGAGAUGUCCAGGGUAGAGGAAGCCGAGAAACUUAAAUCUGAGAAACUGUACAAGGAAAACUUUGAGAAGAUGAGGGGCCAGUUCUCGGUGCGUCUUGAUCAUCCUGACAUCGUCCAUGCUCGGGAAGUAGCUGAUCUACAGAGCGAGCGGAAAUACAAGGAACAGCAUCUACAAGAUAAGCUCAAGAGUCAUUUCUUGCCUCUUGAUGCCAUGGACAACACAAGAGCUAAGGAGGCCAUGGAAAUAGCCAGUGAGGUGAAAUAUACUGACAAGGCGAGAAAGGAAAUGCAGAAUCAGAUGUACCAGGCAGUCGACUCCCUGACCAACAUGUCUGCUAAACUGGUUCACGAUCUCGUCAGCCAGGUCAAGUACAAACAGGAGGCUGAGAAGACCAGGCCACAGCACAAGAUGCCUGCUGACCUGCCUGAAGUCAAGUGGGCAAAAGAAGUCCAACAGCUUCAGAGUCAGAAAAACUAUACCAAGGACCGCCCGACUAACUACACUCCAGUGUACGACACCCCUGCAAUCAAACAGGCUGAGGAGGCCGCAUUGAUGCAGAGUGAUAUUCCCUACAAGAAGGAGGUAAAAGAAGCUGAGGUUAAGCAGUUCCCUGUCCACGAGACGUCACAAUAUGAGUUCAUGCUGCAAGUCUCACACUACCAGAGUGACCAUGCCUAUAAGGAUGAGGCAAAAUACAUCAUGGAGAAGGGCCACAGUCAGUACCCCUUCACUCCUGAGAUGUCCAGGGUGGAAGAGUCUGAGAAACUGAAAUCAGAGAAACUUUACAAGGAGAACUUUGAGAAGCAGCGUGGGCAUUACUCCGUCCGAGUGGACGACCCACAGAUCCUACAUGCAAAGGAGGCUGACAUUCUUCAGAGUGAGAACAAGUAUCGUGAGCAGUACUUGAAGGAGAAAGGCCAGGGUCUUAUUCUACCGCUGGACUCCAUGGACAACCAGCGGGCUAAAGAGGUUUCCGAGCUGGUUAGUGAGGUGAAGUACGCUCAGGAUGCUCGAAGGGAAGCACAGGAGAAGAUGUACAACACUGUGGACUCCCUGACCAGUAUGACUGCUCAGGUGGUCUCACAGCUCACCAGUCAGGUGAAGUACAAAGAGCAGGCAGACAAGGAGAGGUGUCAGCACAAGGUUCCUGCCGACACACCUGAUAUCACCUGGGCUAAGGAAGUACAGCAUCUACAGAGCCAGAAAAGCUACACCAAGGACAGGCCAACCAACUACAUCCCUGUGUACGACUCUCCUUACAUCAAGCAGGCAGAGGAAGCCAGCAAACUGCAGAGCUCGCUCCAGUACAGUGACCGCGAUGCUGGCACGCUACAAUCCGAGUUCCGAGGUCAGCGCUACACUCCGCUGGAAACUCUGGAGAGGAAACACACCGAGGAAAUCAGGAACAUCGUCAGCGAUGUGGUCUACAAGGAUGAGGCUAAGGAGAUUAUGCAGAAGGGCCACAGUCAGUACCCCUUCACUCCUGAGAUGUCCAGGGUAGAGGAAGCUGAGAAACUCAAAUCACAUCAUCUGUACCAGGAGAACUACAAGAAAUACCUGAAAAACUUCACCAUCCGUGCAGACUACCCCGACAUUGUGUUUGCCAAGGAGACUUCUGACCUGCAGAGCGAGAACAAGUAUCGUGAGCAGUACAACAAGGAGAGGGGUCAAGGUCGUAUGUUGCCCCUGGAUACCAUGGACAACCUCCACGCCAAGGAGGCAGUAGCACUGGCCAGUGAGGUUAAGUACACACAAGACGCCCGUAAGGAGGCCCAGGAGAAGAUGUACACACCUGUGAACUCCCUGACCCUCAUGACUGCCAGGAUGGUGUCUGACCUCACCAGCCACGCUAAGUACAGAGAACAGGUCCAGUCUACUCUGGCACAGCACAAGAUGCCGCACGACAUGCCUGAAGUCCUCUGGGCAAAGGAAGUGGGGAAACUGCAGAGCCAGAUUGAAUAUGCCAAAGGAAAAUGCAACGAGUACACUCCAGUGUUUGACACCCCGGCUAUACGGCAAGCAGACGAGGCAUCCAGACUGCAAAGUGAUAUACCAUACAAGUAUGAAGUCAAGAAUCUUAUAGGAAAACAGUUCCCCGUCCACGAGACAGAGCAGUACAAGUACAUGUUACAAGUGUCUGCGUACCAGAGUGACCACGCCUACAAGGAUGAGGCUAAAGACAUCAUGGAGCAGGGACACAGUCAGUACCCCUUCACUCCUGAGAUGUCCAGGGUAGAGGAAGCUGAGAAACUCAAAUCUGAGCAUCUGUACAAGGAGAACUAUGAGAAGUGGAAGCAGAAAUACACCAGUCAUCCCAACCAGCUGGGCUUUGUGACUGCUAAAGAGAUUGCAGAGGUUCAGAGUGAGUCCAAAUACCGUGAGAAGUAUGUGAAGGACAUGGGGACCGGGUACUUCGUGCCUGCAGACAACAUUGUUGCUGUACGGGUGAAGGAGGCCACAGAACUGGCCAGCGAGGUUAAAUACUCCAAGGAUGCCCUGAAAGAAGCUCAGAGUAAGAAGUUUGAUGCAGCUGGAGAUUCAGUGGUCGUCAAGACGGCUCAGGAAGUCUCAGAGCUGACCAGUGAGGUCAAGUACAAGGAGCAGGCAGAGAAGACCAAGUCCCAGCACAAAGUACCUGUAGAUGCACCUGACUUUAUUUGGGCCAAGGAAGUGGGAGAACUGCAGAACCAGCGCUUGUAUGCAAAAGACAAGUCGGACAAGUAUGUUCCUGUUUUGGACACUCCAGUCAACCUUCAUGCAAAGGAGGCUGGCACUCUACAGAGCCAUCUCCCCUACAGUAACCGCAACGCUGGCACGCUAUUCUCUGAGUACAGAGGACAGCGUUACACACCACUGGUCACCCUGGAGAAGAAACAUACAGAUGAGGUACAGAGCAUGAUCAGUGAUGUCAUCUACAAGGAUGAGGCUAAGGAGAUCAUGCAGAAGGGACACAGUCAGUACCCCUUCACUCCUGAGAUGUCCAGGGUAGAGGAAGCUGAGAAACUCAAAUCUGAGAAUCUGUACAAGGCCAACUAUGAGAAGCACAAACAGGUGUACACACAAACCCCCAACACAGCCCACAUCACAGCGUGUAAGGAGGCUGCAGAGUUACAGAGUGAGAUGAAGUACAGAGAACAGUAUGAGAAGGGGAAAGGUCAUGGCUAUUUCCUCCCACCAGACUCGAUGGAAAAUGUCAGGGCAAAGGAGGCCAGUCAGCUGGCUAGUCAGAUCCUGUACACCCACGAUGCUCAGAAGGAAGCACAGACCAAACCCUACAACCCCGUGUCUUCCCUCACACUCCUGACUGCCCAGGCCGUCUCAGACCUCACCAGCGAGGUGAAGUAUUCAGAGGAGGCAGAGAAAACCAAGUCGCAGCACAAGAUGCCUCCAGAUGCACCGGAGAUACAGAGGGCCAAGGAAGUUGGCCAGCUACAGAGCCAGGUUCAGUACACCAAGGACAAGACUAACCAGUACACCGCUGUGCUGGACACACCCAGUAAUCGUCAUGCAGUGGAGGCCACCAGACUCACCAGCGAGCUUCCUUACAAAGAAGAAGCUGAAGACAUGAUCAGGAACAAGGCGUUUGCAGCACAGGACACCCCGGUCAUGGAUCGCGUGAAGAAAGUGACGGACCUUCAGAGCGACGUGGUGUACAAGGCUGACGCUAAACACAUCAUGUCGCUGGGCCACAGCCAGUACCCCUGGACCCCUGACAUGGCCAGGGUACAGGAGGCAGAGACCAUCAAGUCUGAGCGCCUCUACACCAGGGAUUCCAAGGAUCAGAAGCAGAAGUUCACCAUCCUCCCAGAAACUCCUGAGGUCGCCUUAGCAAAGGAAGUGGCUAAACUCCAAAGCGAGAAACAGUACAAGGAGGAGUACCAGAAGGAGAGAGGCAAGGGUCUCCACCUUCCCCCCGACGCUGUGGACAACCUGCGGGCCAAGGAAGCCAACCUGUUAGCCAGUCAGAUCAAAUAUGCUGAGGAGGCUCGCAAAUCCGCCGAGGGUAAGAAGUUUGAUGCUGUGGCCGAGACGCCGGUGUUCAAGACAGCCAUAGAGGCAGCCGAGUACGCCAGCGAGACAAACUACGUGAAGGAUUAUGAGAAGGGGAAGACCAAAUACAACAUUACCGCGGACACUCCCCUCAUGAAGACCGCCAGACAGUCUUCAAAUCUGGCAAGUGAGUUCAAGUACCAGCAGCAGGUCAAAGGGGCCAAGUUUGAGUCAAUCUGUGACGGCAUUCGCGAGGUGCAUUGCGCUACUGCCAGCAAGCUGCAGAGUGACAUUGAGUACAAACAGCCACUUGGGAGGUACACCGUGAUCACCGACACUCCGGAGAUGAGGAAGAUCGCCUCUCUCCAGGAGAUCAUCAGCGAUAUCUUCUACAAGGAGGAGGCCAAGGAAAUCAUCGAAAGAUGCUGCAGCCAGGCCCCCAUUUACUUGGAGAUGGAUCGCAUGGCCAGGCUGCAGGACCUGCUCAACAUGACUCAGUACCGUGAGAAGUGGGAGAUGGACAAGAAGAAGUACACCGUCCUCACCGACUCACCGGAGCUCAUCCGAGUUGUGGAGACUGGCAAGCAGCAGAGUGAUCUGGAGUACAAGAAAGACAUGCAGAAGCAGCAGAAGAAGGGUUACCACCUGGUGCCCGACGCCAUGGCCUUCUCCACGGCGAAGGAGGCUGCCAAGAUCGCCAGCGAUGUGGAGUACAAGACCAAAGACCUGAUCGACAUGCGGCAGGCGAGCUUCAAAAACGUCCACGAGUCCCCCUGGUACCUUCAGGCCAAGCUUUCUGCAGAAAACGCCUCAGGGAUCAAGUACAUAAAGGACUAUGAGAAAGAGAAGAUCCACUACCUGACACCAGUAGACAGAGUUGACUUUGUUGCUGCUAAGGCUGUCAGUGGCAUGUCAGAGCGUAAAUACAGGCAACAACCAGGAAAACCCAUCUCCAUCCCAGACACACCAGAGAUCGUCCGCAGCAAAAAGCUGGGAGUCCUCAAGGAUCAAGUCUACAAGCAAGAGCCAGGUGCCUUCAUUUCAACCCCAGACUCUAUGGAGAUGGAGAGAGUUAGGACUCUACAGGAAAUCACCAGCGAACAAUACUACAAGGAGGACGCUCAGUGGCUUGUACAGAGAUGUCUGAGCCAGUAUCCCUUCUCUGUAGAGCUGGACAGAGUCAACAAAGUCAAGUAUCAGAAUGAUCCGCGUGUAUACCAAUGGGAGGCAGACAGGGAGAAACAGAAGUACACAGUCCUGGCAGACUCCCCCGAGAUCACUCGUGUGGUGAACGCUGCCAAGAUGCAGAGUGACCGUGUCUACCAGCAAGGCUAUGAGAAGCAGAAAGCAGGAGGCUACAGGCUGGCCGCUGAUGCUCCUACUUUCCUCACAGCUAAGGAAGCAGCCAAGAAUGCCAGUGAUUAUGCCUACCAGUCAGGACUUAGGGAGGCCCGAGGGAAGGGAUUCCCCAACUUCCAGGAGUCUCCACUUUUCCUGCAGAACAAACUGUCAGCACAGCUGGCCUCUGGGGCUGUGUACACCAAGGACUAUGAGCAGCAGAAGCUGAAGUACACCCUCCCUGCUGACAGGGUGGACAUGGUGACUGCUAAGGCUGUUCUGGACUUGUCUGAGCGCAAGUACAGGCAGAAGCCAGGAAAGUUCAUCUCUAUCCCUGAUACCAUGGAGCAGGUCCGCUGCACAAAGGCUGCCAAGCUUGCCAGCGACAAAUACUACAAGCAAGAGCCAGGUGCCUUCAUUUCAACCCCAGACUCUAUGGAGAUGGAGAGAGUUAGGACUCUACAGGAAAUCACCAGUGACCAAUACUACAAGGAGGACGCUCAGUGGCUUGUACAGAGAUGUCUGAGCCAGUAUCCCUUCUCUGUAGAGCUGGACAGGGUCAACAAAGUCAAGUAUCAGAAUGAUCCGCGUGUAUACCAAUGGGAGGCAGACAAGGAGAAACAGAAGUACACAGUCCUGGCAGACUCCCCCGAGAUCACUCGUGUGGUGAACGCUGCCAAGAUGCAGAGUGACCGUGUCUACCAGCAAGGCUAUGAGGAACAGAAAGCAGGAGGCUACAGGCUGGCUGCUGAUGCUCCUACUUUCCUCACAGCUAAGGAAGCAGCCAAGAAUGCCAGUGAUUAUAACUACCAGUCAGGACUUCGGGAGGCCCGAGGGAAAGGAUUCCCCAACUUCCAGGAGUCUCCACUGUUCCUGCAGAACAAACUGUCAGCACAGCUGGCCUCUGGGGCUGUGUACACAAAAGACUAUGAGAAGCAGAAGCUGAAGUACACCCUCCCUGCUGACAGGGUGGACAUGGUGACUGCCAAGGCUGUUCUGGAGCAGUCUGAUCGCAAGUACAGGCAGAAGCCAGGAAAGUUCAUCUCUAUCCCUGAUACCAUGGAGCAGGUCCGCUGCACAAAGGCUGCAAAGCUUGCCAGCGACAAAUACUAUAAGCAAGAGCCCGGGACCUUCAUUUCAACCCCAGACUCUAUGGAAAUGGAAAGGGUGAAGACCCUACAGGAAAUCACCAGUGACCAAUACUACAAGGAGGACGCUCAGUGGCUUGUACAGAGAUGUCUGAGCCAGUAUCCCUUCUCUGUAGAGCUGGACAGAGUCAACAAAGUCAAGUAUCAGAAUGAUCCUCGUUUGUACCAAUGGGAGGCAGACAAGGAGAAACAGAAGUACACAGUCCUGGCAGACUCCCCCGAGAUCACUCGUGUGGUGGCCGCUGCCAAGAUGCAGAGUGACCGUGUCUACCAGGAAGGCUAUGAGAAACAGAAAGCCGGAGGCUACAGGCUGGCCGCUGAUGCUCCUACUUUCCUCACAGCUAAGGAAGCAGCCAAGAAUGCCAGCGAUUAUAACUACCAGUCAGGACUUCGGGAGGCCCGAGGGAAGGGAUUCCCCAACUUCCAGGAGUCUCCACUGUUCCUGCAGAACAAACUGUCAGCACAGCUGGCCUCUGGGGCUGUGUACACCAAGGACUAUGAGAAGCAGAAGCUGAAGUACACCCUGCCAGCUGACAGGGUGGACAUGGUGGCUGCCAAGUCUGUUCUGGACUUGUCUGAUCGGAAGUACAGACAGAAACCAGGAAAGUUCAUCUCUAUCCCAGACAAUAUGGAGCAGGUCCGCUGCAAUGCUGUGGCCAAGCUCGCUAGUGACAAACACUACAAGCAGGAGCCCGGCAAGUUCAUCUCAAUCCCAGACUCUAUGGAGAUAGAGAGGGUGAAGUCUCUACAGGAAAUCACCAGCGACCAAUACUACAAGGAGGACGCUCAGUGGCUUGUACAGAGAUGUCUGAGCCAGUAUCCCUUCUCUGUAGAGCUGGACAGGGUCAACAAAGUCAAGUUCCAGAAUGAUCCUCGUCUGUACCAAGAGGAGGCAGACAGGGAGAAACAGAAGUACACAGUCCUGGCAGACUCCCCCGAGAUCACUCGUGUGGUGAACGCUGCCAAGAUGCAGAGUGACCGUGUCUACCAAGAAGGCUAUGAGAAGCAGAAAGCAGGAGGCUACAGGCUGGCCGCUGAUGCUCCUACUUUCCUCACAGCUAAGGAAGCAGCCAAGAAUGCUAGUGAUUAUAAUUACCAGUCAGGACUUCGGGAGGCCAGAGGGAAGGGAUUCCCCAACUUCCAGGAGUCUCCACUGUUCCUGCAGAACAAACUGUCAGCACAGCUGGCCUCUGGGGCUGUGUACACCAAGGACUAUGAGCAGCAGAAGCUGAAGUACACCCUCCCUGCUGACAGGGUGGACAUGGUGGCUGCCAAGGCUGUUCUAGACUUGUCUGACCGCAAGUACAGGCAAAAGCCAGGAAAGUUCAUCUCUAUCCCAGACAAUAUGGAGCAGGUCCGCUGCAAUGCUGUGGCCAAGCUUGCCAGUGACAAACACUACAAGCAGGAGCCUGGCAAGUUCAUCUCAAUCCCAGACUCUAUGGAGAUAGAGAGAGUGAAGUCUCUACAGGAAAUCACCAGCGACCAAUACUACAAGGAGGACGCUCAGUGGCUUGUACAGAGAUGUCUGAGCCAGUAUCCCUUCUCUGUAGAGCUGGACAGGGUCAACAAAGUCAAGUAUCAGAAUGAUCCUCGUCUGUACCAAUGGGAGGCAGACCAGGAGAAACAGAAGUACACAGUCCUGGCAGACUCCCCCGAGAUCACUCGUGUGGUGGCCGCUGCCAAGAUGCAGAGUGACCGUGUCUACCAGGAAGGCUAUGAGAAGCAGAAAGCAGGAGGCUACAGGCUGGCCGCUGAUGCUCCGACUUUCCUCACAGCUAAGGAAGCAGCCAAGAAUGCCAGUGAUUAUAACUACCAGUCAGGACUUCGGGAGGCCCGAGGGAAGGGAUUCCCCAACUUCCAGGAGUCUCCACUGUUCCUGCAGAACAAACUGUCAGCACAGCUGGCCUCUGGGGCUGUGUACACCAAGGAUUAUGAGCAGCAGAAGCUGAAGUACACCCUGCCUGCUGACAGGGUGGACAUGGUGGCUGCCAAGGCUGUUCUGGACUUGUCUGAUCGCAAGUACAGGCAGAAACCAGGAAAGUUCAUCUCUAUCCCAGACAAUAUGGAGCAGGUCCGCUGCAAUGCUGUGGCCAAGCUUGCUAGUGACAAACACUACAAGCAAGAGCCAGGUGCCUUCAUUUCAAUCCCAGACUCUAUGGAGAUAGAGAGGGUGAAGUCUCUACAGGAAAUCACCAGUGACCAAUACUACAAGGAGGACGCUCAGUGGCUUGUACAGAGAUGUCUGAGCCAGUAUCCCUUCUCUGUAGAGCUGGACAGGGUCAACAAAGUCAAGUUCCAGAAUGAUCCUCGUCUGUACCAAUGGGAGGCAGACCAGGAGAAACAGAAGUACACAGUCCUGGCAGACUCCCCUGAAGUCACUCGUGUGGUGGCUGCUGCCAAGAUGCAGAGUGACCUUGUGUACCAUGAAGGCUAUGAGAAGCAGAAGCAGGCAGGCUACAAGCUGGCCGCUGAUGCUCCUACUUUCCUCACAGCUAAGGAGGCUGCCAAGAAUGCCAGUGAUUAUGUCUACCAGACAGGACUUCGGGCGGCCCGUGGCCAAGGAUUCCCCAACUUCCAGGAGUCUCCACUGUUCCUGCAGAACAAACUGUCAGCACAGCUGGCCUCUGGGGCUUUAUACACCAAGGACUAUGAGCAGCAGAAGCUGAAGUACACCCUCCCUGCUGACAGGGUGGACAUGGUGGCUGCCAAGGCUGUUCUGGAGCAGUCUGAGCGCAACUACAGGCAGAAGCCAGGAAAGUUCAUCUCUAUCCCAGACAAUAUGGAGCAGGUCCGCUGCAAUGCUGUGGCCAAGCUUGCCAGUGAUAAACACUACAAGCAGGAGCCCGGCAAGUUCAUCUCAAUCCCAGACUCUAUGGAGAUAGAGAGGGUGAAGUCUCUACAGGAAAUCACCAGUGACCAAUACUACAAGGAGGAUGCUCAGUGGCUUGUACAGAGAUGUCUGAGCCAGUAUCCCUUCUCUGUAGAGCUGGACAGGGUCAACAAAGUGUCACUGAUGCAGGAUCCGCGCAUCUACCGUGAGGAGUGGGACAGGGACAGACAGAAGUACACCGUCCUGGCAGACUCCCCUGAAGUCAAACGAGUUUGUGAUGUUGCCAAGAUGCAGAGUGAUCUUGUGUACCACGAAGGCUAUGAGAAGCAGAAGCAGGGAGGCUACAAGCUGGCCGCUGAUGCUCCUCUCUUCCUGACUGCUAAGGAAUCGGCCAAGAAUGCCAGUGAUUAUAACUACCAGACAGGACUUCGGGAGGCCAGAGGGAAGGGAUUCCCCAACUUCCAGGAGUCUCCACUCUUCCUGCAGAACAAACUGUCAGCACAGCUGGCCUCUGGGGCCUUGUACACCAAGGACUACCAACAGCAGAAGCUGAAGUACACCCUCCCUGCUGACAGGGUGGACAUGGUGGCUGCCAAGGCUGUUCUGGACUUGUCUGAGCGCAAGUACAGGCAGAGGCCAGGAAAGUUCAUCUCUAUCCCUGACAAUGUGGAGCAGGUCCGCUGCAAUGCUGUGGCCAAGCUUGCCAGUGAUAAAUACUACAAGCAAGAGCCGGGCAGGUUCAUCUCAACAGCAGACACUCCUGAAAUCAACAGGCUGAGGUCUCUACAAGAGAUUGUCAGCGACUACUACUACAAGGAGGAAGCCAAGGAGCUUGUGGAGAGAUGUCUGAGCCAGUAUCCCUUCUCUGUGGAGAUCGACAGGGUCAACAAAGUGUCACUGAUGCAGGAUCCGCGUCUGUACCGUGAGGAGUGGGACAGGGACAGACAGAAGUACACAGUCCUGGCAGACUCUCCUGAAGUCAAACGAGUUUGUGAUGUUGCCAAGUUGCAGAGUGAUCUUGUGUACCACCAAGGCUAUGAGAAGCAGAAGCAGGGAGGCUACAAGCUGGCCGCUGAUGCUCCACUCUUCCUGACAGCCAAGGAAUCGGCCAAGAAUGCCAGUGAUUAUAACUACCAGACAGGACUUCGGGCGGCCCGUGGCCAAGGAUUCCCCAACUUCCAGGAGUCUCCACUGUUCCUGCAGAACAAACUGUCAGCACAGCUGGCCUCUGGGGCUUUGUACACCAAGGACUACCAACAGCAGAAGCUGAAGUACACCCUCCCUGCUGAUAGGGUGGACAUGGUGGCUGCCAAGUCUGUUCUGGACUUGUCUGAGCGCAAGUAUAGGCAGAGGCCAGGAAAGUUCAUCUCUAUCCCUGACAAUGUGGAGCAGGUCCGCUGCAAUGCUGUGGCCAAGCUUGCCAGUGAUAAAUACUACAAGCAAGAGCCGGGCAGGUUCAUCUCAACAGCAGACACUCCUGAAAUCAACAGGCUGAGGUCUCUACAAGAGAUUGUCAGUGACUACUACUACAAGGAGGAAGCCAAGGAGCUUGUGGAGAGAUGUCUGAGCCAGUAUCCCUUCUCUGUGGAGAUCGACAGGGUCAACAAAGUCUCACUGAUGCAGGAUCCGCGUCUGUACCGUGAGGAGUGGGACAGGGACAGACAGAAGUACACAGUCCUGGCAGACUCCCCUGAAGUCAAACGAGUUUGUGAUGUUGCCAAGUUGCAGAGUGAUCUUGUGUACCACCAAGGCUAUGAGAAGCAGAAGCAGGCAGGCUACAAGCUGGCCGCUGAUGCUCCUCUCUUCCUGACUGCUAAGGAAUCAGCCAAGAAUGCCAGUGAUUAUGCCUACCAGACAGGACUUCGGGCAGCCCGUGGCCAAGGAUUCCCCAACUUCCAGGAGUCUCCACUGUUCCUGCAGAACAAACUGUCAGCACAGCUGGCCUCUGGGGCUGUGUACACCAAGGACUACCAACAGCAGAAGCUGAAGUACACCCUCCCUGCUGACAGGGUGGACAUGGUGGCUGCCAAGGGUAUCCUGGACUUGUCUGAUCGCAAGUACAGGCAGAAGCCAGGAAAGCCCAUCUCCAUCCCUGACACUGUGGAGCAGGUCCGCUGUAACGAAGUGGCUAGACUCGCCAGCGAUAAAUACUACAAGCAGGAGCCUGGUCGCUUUAUCUCAACCAAGGACACCCCUGAAAUCCUCAGGCUAAAGUCUCUACAGGAGAUUGUCAGUGACCACUACUACAAGGAGGAAGCCAAGGAAAUUGUGGAGAGAUGUCUGAGCCAGUAUCCCUUCUCUGUGGAGAUCGACAGGGUCAACAAAGUGUCUGCAAUGCAGGACCCGCGUAUGUACCGUGAGGAGUGGGACAGGGACAGACAGAAGUACACCGUCAUCCCAGACUCCCCCGAAGUCGCUCGAGUUGUUGAAGUUGCCAAGAUGCAGAGUGAUCUCGUGUACCACCAAGGCUAUGAGAAGCAGAAGCAGGGAGGCUACAAGCUGGCCGCUGAUGCUCCUCUCUUCCUGACUGCUAAGGAAUCAGCCAAGAAUGCCAGUGAUUAUAACUACCAGACAGGACUUCGGGCGGCCCGUGGCCAAGGAUUCCCCAACUUCCAGGAGUCUCCACUGUUCCUGCAGAACAAACUGUCAGCACAGCUGGCCUCUGGGGCUCUAUAUACCAAAGACUACCAACAGCAGAAGCUGAAGUACACCCUCCCUGCUGACAGGGUGGACAUGGUGGCUGCCAAGAAUAUUAUGGACUUGUCUGACCGCAAGUACAGGCAGAAGCCAGCAGUGCCCAAGCUGCCCCCAGACUCGGUUGAGCAGGUCCACUUCAAGUCUCUGGCUCCAUUGAAAGAUAAAGUCUACAAGCAUGAACCAGGCGGUUUUACCUCGGAGAUCGACACUCCUGAGACCAGGAGACUGAGGUCCCUCCUGGAGAUUGUCAGCGACUAUUACUACAAGGAAGAGGCCAAGGAGAUUGUGGAGAAGUGCAGCAGCCAGUAUCCCUUCUCUGUAGAGAUUGACAGGGUUCACAAGGUUUCGGAGAUGCAGGACCCGCGUCUGUACCGUGAGGAGUGGGACAGGGACAGACAGAAGUAUACGGUCAUCCCAGAUUCGCCUGAGGUUGCUCGUGUAGUGGAGGCUGCUAAGAUGCAGAGCGAUCGCAUCUACCGCGAAGGCUACGAGAAGCAGAAACAAGAAGGUUACAAGAUGAUACCCGAUACGCCACUCUUCCUUCAGUGCAGGGAGUCUGCCAGAAAUGCCAGUGAUUAUGUCUACCAGACAGGACUUCGGGAGGCCCAUGGCAAGGGAUUCCCCAACUUCCAGGAGUCUCCACUGUUCCUGCAGAACAAACUGUCAGCACAGCUGGCGUCUGGGGCUCUCUAUACCAAAGACUACCAACAGCAGAAGCUGAAGUACACCCUCCCUGCUGACAGGGUGGACAUGGUGGCUGCCAAGGGUAUCCUGGACUUGUCUGAUCGCAAGUACAGGCAGAAGCCAGGAGUACCAAAGGUGUUCCCUGACUCAGUUGAACAACGCCACGUCAAGUCUCUGGCCCCACUGAAAGACAAAGUGUACAAGCACGAGCCAGGCGGCUUCACCUCUGAGAUUGACACUCCUGAGACCAGGAGGAUGAGGACUCUACUGGAAACAGUCAGCGACUAUUACUACAAGGAGGAAGCCAAAGAGAUUGUGGAGAAGUGCUGCAGCCAGUUCCCCUUCACUGUGGAGAUUGAGAGGGUGGAGAAGGUUACAGAAAUGCAGGACGAUCGCCGCUACCGUGCAGAUUAUGAGAGGGACAGACACAACUACACCGUCAUUCCAGACUCCCCUGAAGUCGCUCGUGUGGUGGAGGCUGCCAGGAUGCAGAGUGAUCGUGUGUACCGUGAAGGCUAUGAGAAGCAGAAGCAGGAGGGAUACAAGAUGGUGUCUGACACACCUCUCUUCCUCCAAUGCAGGGAAUCGGCCUGGAAUGCCAGUGAUUAUAACUACAAGACAGCACUUGAGGAGGCACGAAAGGCCCAGUUCAAGAAUGUGCACGAGUCUCCACUGUUCCUGCAGAACAAACUGUCAGCACAGCUGGCCUCUGGGCCGCUGUAUGUCAAGGACUAUGAGCAGCAGAAGCUGAAGUACACCCUACCUGCUGACAGGGUGGACAUGGUGGCUGCCAAGAAUAUUCUGGACUUGUCUGACCGCAAGUACAGGCAGAAGCCAGGAGUACCAAAGGUGUUCCCAGACUCAGUUGAACAACGUCAUGUCAAGUCUCUGGACCCACUGAAGGAUAAAGUGUACAAGCACGAGCCAGGCGGCUUCACUUCUGAGAUUGACACUCCUGAGACCAGGAGGAUGAGGACUCUACUGGAAACUGUCAGCGACUAUUACUACAAGGAGGAAGCCAAGGAGAUUGUGGAGAAGUGCUGCAGCCAGUUCCCCUUCACUGUGGAGAUUGAGAGGGUGGAGAAGGUUACAGAAAUGCAGGACGAUCGCCGCUACCGUGCAGAUUAUGAGAGGGACAGACACAACUACACCGUCAUUCCAGACUCCCCUGAAGUCGCUCGUGUGGUGGAGGCUGCCAGGAUGCAGAGCGAUCUGAUCUACAAAGAAGGGUUUGAACAGCAGAAGAAGGAAGGCUACAAGAUGGUGUCAGACACACCUCUCUUCCUCCAGGCCAGGGAGUCUGCCAGGAAUGCCAGUGAUUACGUGUACAAGACAGCAAUCAAGCAGGCACAAGAGGCCCAGUACAAGAAUGUCCACGAGUCUCCACUGUACCUGCAGAACAAACUGUCAGCACAGUUGUCUUCUGGACCUCUGUACGUCAAGGACUACGAGCAGCAGAAGCUGAAGUACACCCUCCCUGCUGACAGGGUGGACAUGGUGGCUGCCAAGAAUAUUCUGGACUUGUCUGACCGCAAGUACAGGCAGAAGCCAGGAGUACCAAAGGUGUUCCCUGAUUCAGUGGAACAAAAACAUGUCAGGUCUCUGGAUCCACUCAAGGAUAAAGUCUACAAGCAAGAGCCAGGCGGCUUCACCUCUGAGAUUGACACUCCUGAGACCAGGAGGCUGAAGUCUCUUCUGGAGAUUGUCAGUGACAACUACUACAAGGAGGAGGCAAAGGAGAUUGUGGAGAAGUGCUGCAGCCAGUUCCCCUUCACUGUGGAGAUUGAGAGGGUGGAGAAGGUCUCAGAGAUGCAGGAUGCGCGUCGUUACCGUGAGAAGUGGGACGAAGAGAAGCAGAAGUACACCGUCAUUCCAGACUCCCCUGAAGUGAUGCGUGUGGUGGAGGCUGCAAGGAUGCAGAGUGAUCUUGUCUACAAAGAAGGGUUUGAAAAGCAGAAGAAGGAAGGCUACAAGAUGGUGUCAGACACACCUCUCUUCCUCCAGGCCAGGGAAUCUGCCAGGAAUGCCAGUGAUUAUGUGUACAAGACAGCAAUCAAGCAGGCACAAGAGGCCCAGUACAAGAAUGUCCAUGAGUCUCCUCUGUACCUGCAGAACAAACUGUCAGCACAGCUGGCCUCUGGGCCUCUGUAUGUCAAGGACUAUGAGCAGCAGAAGCUGAAGUACACCCUCCCUGCUGACAGGGUGGACAUGGUGGCUGCCAAGAAUAUUCUGGACCUGUCUGAGCGCAAGUACAAGCAGAAACCAGGAGUGCCUAAGGUGUUCCCAGACACUAUUGAGGGGGUCCGUGUCAAGUCUCUGGACCCACUGAAGGAUAAAGUCUACAAGCAAGAGCCAGGCGGCUUCACAUCUGAGAUUGACACUCCUGAGACCAGGAGGCUGAAGUCUCUACUGGAGAUUGUCAGUGACAACUACUACAAGGAGGAGGCCAGGGAGAUUGUGGAGAAGUGCUGCAGCCAGUUCCCCUUCACUGUGGAGAUUGAGAGGGUGGAGAAGGUCUCAGAGAUGCAGGAUGCUAAAAAGUACCGUGAGAAGUGGGAUGAGGAGAAACAGAAGUAUACCGUCAUCCCAGACUCCCCUGAGGUGUUGCGUGUGGUCGAGGCAGCUAAGAUGCAGAGUGAUCUUGUCUACAAAGAAGGGUUUGAAAAGCAGAAGAAGGAAGGUUACAAGAUGGUGUCAGACACACCUCUCUACAACCAGGCUAGGGAAUCAGCCAGGAAUGCCAGUGAUUAUAACUACAAGACAGCACUGAAGGAAGCUCAAGAGAAACAGUACAAGAAUGUCCAUGAGUCUCCUCUGUACCUACAGAACAAAUUUUCAGCACAGCUGGCCUCUGGGCCACUGUAUAUCAAGGAUUACGAGACAGGGAAGGUGAAAUAUGCCCUGCCGCCUGACAGAGUGGACAUUGUCGCUGCAAAGAAUUAUCAGAACUUCUCUGAUCGCAAGUACAAGCAGAAACCAGGAGUGCCGAAGGUGUUCCCAGACACUGUUGAGGGGGUCCGUGUCAAGUCUCUGGACCCACUGAAGGAUAAAAUCUACAAGCAAGAGCCAGGCGGCUUCACCUCUGAGAUCGACACUCCUGAGACCAGGAGGCUGAAGUCUCUACUGGAGAUUGUCAGUGACCACUACUAUAAGGAGGAAGCCAAGGAGAUUGUGGAGAAGUGCUGCAGCCAGUUCCCCUUCACUGUGGAGAUUGAGAGGGUGGAGAAGGUCUCAGAGAUGCAGGAUAUGAAAAAGUACCGUGAAGCGUACGAUGAGGCCAAACAGAACUACACAGUCAUCCCAGACUCACCUGAGGUCCUGCGUGUGCUAGAAGCCAACAAGCUGCAAAGUGAUCUUGUAUACCACAAGGGCUUCGUGAAACAGAGGGAUGAAGGUUACAAGAUGGUGUCAGACACACCGGAGUACCGCCGAGCUACAUUUGCAGCUGCCCUGGCCAGCGAUUACCUGUACAAGACAGCACUGAAGAGAGCUCAGGAGACACAGUACAAGAAUGUGCACGAGUCUCCUCUGUACCUGCAGAACAAACUGUCCGCUGAACUGUCAUCAGGGGUGAGGUAUGUAAAGAACUAUGAAGAAAACAAGGUCAAGUACUCGUUGCCUACUGACCGUGUGGACAUGGUCGCAGCCAAGGAAGCAAUCGCCCGAUCUGAUCGCAAUUACAAGCAGAAGCUUGGAUCACCUAAGGUGUUCCCAGACUCCGUGGAGGGGGUCCGUGUCAAGUCUCUGGCACCAAUGAAGGAUAAAGUCUACAAGCAAGAGCCUGGUCGUUUCACCUCUGAGAUUGACACUCCUGAGACCAGGAGGCUGAAGUCUCUACUGGAGAUUGUCAGCGACAACUACUACAAGGAGGAAGCUAAGGAGAUUGUGGAGAAGUGCUGCAGCCAGUAUCCAUUCACUGUGGAGAUUGAGAGGGUGGAGAAGGUCUCAGAGAUGCAGGAUGCUAAACGUUACCGUGAGGCCUGGGAUGAAGACAAGCAGAACUACAAGGUCAUUCCCGACUCCCCCGAGGUCCUUCGUGUGAUCGAAGCUGCCAAGAUGCAGAGUGAUCGCCUGUACCAGAAGGGUCUAGAGAAACAGAGGGAUGAAGGGUACAAACUGGUGGCAGACAGUCCAGAGUACCGCAGGGUUCUCCUGGCAGCAGCACAGGCCAGUGAUGUCCUCUACAAGACAGCAAUAAAGAAAGCUCAGGAGACGCAGUACAAGAACGUCCAUGAGUCUCCUCUGUACCUGCAGAACAAACUGUCUGCUGAGAUGGCUUCUGGGGCCAGGUACAUUAAGGACUAUGAACAGAUGAAGGUGAAGUACUCGUGCCCUGCUGACAGGGUGGACCUCAAGACUGCCAAGAUGGUGGCUGGCUUCUCUGAUCUCAAGUACAAGCAUAUUGAGCCCAAGUACACACCAGUUGCUGACACUGUGCAGAAUGAACACGCCAAGACCAUUGCUGGCUACAGUGAUCUUAAGUACGUCCAGAAGGUUGCCGCCAAGAACUUGUCUGAGACGGACACGCCAGUGAUGAGGAGGAUCAAGUCUCUCCAAGAAAUCACCAGCGACAAUCUCUACAAGGAGGAGGCCAAGGAGAUUGUGGAGAAGUGCUGCAGCCAGUAUCCCUUCACUGUGGAGAUGGAGAGAUUCGAAAAACUCUUGGAACUCAAUGACAAGAAGUUGUACAAGAAAGACUACGAAGAGGAACGUCAGAAAUACCAUGUGUACCCAGAUACACCUGAAGUCAAGCGUGUCAUCGAUGCGGCCAUCUUGCAGAGUGACGCGAAGUACCGUGAGAAGUAUGAGACAGAGAUUAAGGGUAAAGGAAACUUCCCCCAGCACAUCACUCCUGUGUACGCAUCACAGAAGGAGGCUUCAGGCCUCACGGAUGCUGUGUACUCGAGGGAUGCCCGUGAGAAAAUGCAGGAGAAGAGCUACAAGAACUUCCACGAGUCUCCGCUGUACAGGACACUGAAGGACGACACUGACAUGGCCAGCAUGUCUAAGUACGUCAGUGACUGGGAGCAGAGAAAGGUGGACUACAAGGUUGUCGCAGACACUCCGGACAUCAAGAGGGUGAAGAAGGCUGGCACCCUGGCCUCCCCGAGAACAUAUGUGCAGAAACAAGAGAAAUAUGAGACAGUUGCUGACACCCCAGCCAACACCCUGGCCAAGGAGUCAGGCAAACUGGUCGGAGAUCUCCACUACAAGCAGGUAGUGAAGAGUCGUGGCCUCACAGACACCGACACCCCGGAGAUGAGGCGGAUCAAGUCCCUCCGUGAGAUUGUCAGUGACAACAUCUACAAGGAGGAGGCCAAGGAGAUUGUGGAGAAGUGCUGCACCCAGUAUCCCUUCACUGUGGACAUGGAGAGGUUCGAGAAACUCAUGGAACUUAUGGACCAGAAACGGUAUAGGAAGCACUAUGAGGAGGAGCGUGGCAACUUCCAUGUCUACCCAGAUGCACCGGACAUCAAACGUACCCUGGCAAUGGCCAUGCUCUACAGCGAUCUGAAGUACAAGGAGGCAUAUGAGAAUGAGAUGAGAGGCAAGGGCAACUUCCCGCAGCACAUCACCCCAGUCUACCGCAGCCAGAUUGAAGCUGCCAAGAUUACAGACGCUGUGUACAAGAAGGAUGCUCAUGAUGAGAUGCAGAAGUUGAGUUAUAAGAACUUCCACGAGUCCCCGCUGUACAGGACUCUUAAAGAUGACACCGACAUGGCCAGCAUGACCAAGUAUAGGGACCAGUAUGAGAAAGAGAAGAUCAACUACAAGACAGUAGCAGACACACCCGACAUCAAGAGAGCCAAGAAGGGCGGAGUUCUGGCUAGCCAGCGAUUGUACAAGCAGAAAUGCGACUCGUACGAAACUGUGGCCGACACGCCCGCCAAUAUCCAUGCCAAGGAAACAGGCAAACUGCACAGCGAUCUGCCAUACAGCAAUCGCGAUGCGGGCACUUUACGGUCUGUGUACCGAGGCCAGCGCUUCACUCCACUGGACACGCCCGAGUCCAGGAGGUUUAAGAGCCUGCGGGAGCUGGCUAGCGAUAGCAUCUACAAGGAAGAGGCCAAGGAGAUUCUGGAGAAGUGCUGCACCCAGUAUCCCUGGACUGUGGAGAUGGAGAGACUUGAGAAACUGAAAGAACUGUAUGACAAGGCGCUGUACCAGAAGUUGGUGGAUGAAGCACGUCAGUACCACCUCUUCCCAGACUGCCCGGAGAUCAAGAGGGUUGUGGAUGCUGACAAAAUGCAGAGUGAUCUUGUGUAUAAGGAGGCGUAUGAGAAGGCACGAGGGAAAGGGUACUUCAAGGUCACAGACACUCCGUUGUACAAGACUUUGGUACAAGCUGCUUUGGAUGCCAGCCCGGACCACUACAGCAGGGCGGCUCUGACUGAGAUGAGGGAGAAGAAUUACAAGAACGUACACGAGAGCCCACUGUACAAAAUGCAGAGGGAGAACACAGACAACCAGAGCCCGUACUUGUACAACAAGUUCCCAGAAAAUAGACACAACUUUAAGAUUCCUGUGGACACACCAGAUCUGAAGAGGAUUCGGAAGGCAGGCGACAUCGCUAGUGAGCUGAAGUACCAGAAGGACAAGAACACAGAGAAGUACAUCCCCAUCGCCGACACUGUAGCUGUGAAACAUGCUCAACACAUGGAACAGAUCCAGGGCUACCUGCCGUAUGAGAAGCACGAUGCAGGCACAGUCAGGAACAGGUACAGGGGGAAGCGCUUCACUCCGGUGGACACGCCCGAGUCCAACCGUCUCAAGAGCCUGAAGGAGCUGUCCAGCGACACCAUCUACAAGGAGGAGGCCAAGGAGAUCAACGAGAAAUGCUGCUCGCAGUUCCCUCUGACUCCCGAGAUGGAGCGAUUCUGGCGACUUCAGGAUCUCUACAGCGAUGCUGACUACAGAAUGAAGGCUUUGGAGACACGUGGAGAUUUCCACCUGUACCCAGACACCCCUGAGUUCGAACGCCUCAAUAAGAUGAACAUCGUUCAGAGUGAUCUGAAGUACCAGGAACGUUACAUGAAGGAGUUGAGAGGAAAGGGAUACCAGCUGACGCCCGACAUGCCGCUGUACCAGAGGAUGAAGAGGGUCACAGCCCAGAACAGCGACAAUGUCUACAAGGGAGAGGCUAAGAAGCUGCUUGGCAAGAGCAUCGAUGUCACACAGACGCCCGAGUACACACGCCAACAGGAAGCUCAGAAGAUCAGUAGCCAGUCUGAGUAUGAAGCGAAGGACAAGGAGAGGAAGCAUCAGUACAAGACCUCCUCAGACACACCCGAGUACCGGCGGCACAGGAAGGUGGCCAAGUUCACUCCUGAUAAAGCGUACCAGACAGCCAAGCCAGAUUUGGACAAGUACCACCCUGUGAAGGACACCCCAUCCAACAAGCGUGCUGAUGAUGCUCAGAAGAUCCAGAGUGACCUCUGGUACCAGGAGCAGGGCCGUGAACUCAAAGGAAAGGCCUACACAGAGGUGGACAAUCCCGUCAACCGUCGCGUCAAGAGCCUGCGGGAGAUCACCAGCGACACGUUCUACAAGGACGAGGCGCAGCACCUGUGGCACGUGGCCUGCACACAGUACCCCUACACCCCCGACAUGGAGCGCCACGAGGACAACCUGCGCAAGUUCAGUGACGUGCUCUACAAGAAUAAGUACGAGAUGACCAAACACGAGUACCACCCCGUCCCAGACAGCCCCGAACUCAAACUGGCCAAGGAGAACGCUGUCAGACACAGCGGGUUCAAGUACAGGGAGAAGUAUGAAGAGUUGAAGAAAAAACCCAAGUUCAACGUUGCAGAUACACAACUGUACAGGAGAAUGAGAGAAGUUGCAGCAGCUACAUGUGAUGACAAUUAUAUGGGUGACUACAGACAGAACAUCAAGGGAAAAGGUGUUUCCAACUACGCGGAGACGCCGCUGUACCAAAGGAACAAGGAGGCAGGGGAUGCUUCCAGCGAGCUUAAGUAUGGAGUGGACCUUAAGAAGAUCCGUGAAGGCAAAGGCUACACCCCGACUGCCGACACUCCUCAGAACAGACAUGUUAAGAAGAUGGAGAAGAUACAGAGUGCGGUGAAGUACCCCAAGGCUCUGAAGGACCUGGCCAAGUAUGCGACGGUGCUGGACACCCCAGAUACACAGAGGGCCAUCAACACGUACAAAAACCAGAGCACGCUGUACUACGGAGCGGACGCCAAGAGCGAGAUGAUUGGAAAGCCGUUCCGGGAGGUGAACGAGACUCCGGCCAGCGCUCACCACAAGAAGGUCCUGGACAUGAGCGAUGUGGUGUACAAGGAUGAGGCCAGACGUCUGCACACCAUCGCCUGCACACAGUACCCCUACACACCCGAGAACCUGCGCAUGGCAGAGCUGUCCAGGACACAGAGCGAGCAAAUGUACAAGGAGCGUGCAGAACUGGAGAAGCACAAGUACACACAGCUGCCUGACACACCCGACAUAAACUUUGCCAAGGAGGUCCAUGACAUCACCAGUGAGAACAAAUACAAGGAGGAGUACAACAAGGACAGAGGCAAAUACUCCAUGGUGGCCCAAACACCUCUGUACGAAACAGCACAGAAAGCCAACAAGCUCACCAGCGAGACUCUGUACAAGAAGGCCUACAAGGCACUGCAGGGUAAGGGAUACGCACUGAUCGAUACUCCAGAGUUCGAGAGGUGUAAGCAGGUGAACAAGCUGGCCAGCCGGACCAAGUACCACGAGGACUAUGAGAAGUCGAAGAUCAAGGGUUACACACCAGUGGUGGACACACCGGAGAACAUCCGCCUUCGCCAACAGAGCAAGAUUCAGAGCCAGAACGAAUAUCAGAAGGGUUACAAGGCUUUGGCAGGAAAGUUCCAUUACACCUCGGAUAAUCCUGAGCACAACCGGAUAAGGAGCGUCAGUAAGAUACAGAGCCAGAUCCACUAUGGCCCCUCUCGUCUGGAGCAACAUGGCCAGAAAUACCAUGCAGCCAUUGACGACCCUGAACUCAAACGCCUCCAAGAAGUUGGGAAGUUCCAGAGCCAGGUUCUCUAUGGAGAGAUUAAAGACAAAGACGAUGCCAGCAAGGGUCGUGGCAAAUACACACAGAUCCAGCAGGAUCCAGAGAUGAAGAGACUGAAGGAGGCAAAUGCCUACGCAUCAGAGGCUCAGGUAGCAGUGAGAAGGUUCGAUGAAAAGAAUCGGUACACCACAGUUCUGGACGAUCCAGAACUGAACCGUAUGAAGAACGUUGGCAAGUUCCAGAGUGAGCUGCAAUACAAGGACAAGUGGACCAGAAAGACUGGAGCCCGCUACACCAACGUUCUGGACGAUCCAGAAAUGAACAGAAUCAAGGGGGUGACCAAGAUGCUCAGUGAGGUGCAGUAUCGUGAUGCGGAGUUAAAGGCAGGAAGAUUGACUGCUGUUACAGACGAUCUGGACACCGCGCGUGUCAAACGGAACACCAAAAUACAGAGCGAGACCCUGUACAGAAAAGACUUCACCAAGGGCAAAGGUACUUUCACUGGUACAAAUGGCAUCAUGGACUCUAUGGAUUAUGAAAGGAUCAGAAAAGCUUCUAAACUAAGCAGUGAGAAUGAGUACAAGAAGGGCCGAAAGAUGAACACGUACAACGCCGUCCUGGACACGCCAGACAUGCUGAGAAUCCGCAAUGCCACAAAGAUCUCCAGCGAGGUGAAAUACCACGAGGACUUUGAGAAGCAGAAGGGGAAGGCGUACCACACGGUAAUCGAUGACCCCGAGCUCACGCGCGUCAAGAAGAACACGGUCAUCCAGAGCAACCUGGCGUACCAGGGCGUCAAGGAGAAGCUUCAGACCAUGGAGUCACGGCGACAGAUGAUCCCCGGGGAACACCCCAUGCCUCCGCCCGGCCCCGCGCAACAGCUCGGAACACUGAUGGACCCCCCCACCCACGGCAUGGAAAGCAUGAGUCUCCACGACGGGCAUGAUCGCAUGAUGCAACAACAACAACAACAGGAGGAGGACCGGCACCUGGCCAGCAUGCGCAGGCAGGAGAACCCCCCUAUCUCCAUUCAAAAAAUGGAAGCCCGGAUGGCUGCUGAUGCUUCCUAUGCCCAGUUCAAGGCCAAGGGGAAGGGCAAAGUUGGAGGACGGUACAUGCCUAUCAGGCUGGGUGACCCAGGCUCCAUCUUUGAUUACGAACCCUAUGAGGGCAAGGAGGAGGCAGGCAGGGCUAUCUAUGAAAAAGACCAAAAGAAAAAGACCUUUGUUACCACUGCCACAUGGAAGCCAGCCAAGCCCAUUCGCACCAUUGAAGACUUUGUGGUGGAAGAAGAGGUCAGCGCCGCUAAAGUUGAGGAAGCCAUGGAGGCCAGGGACAAAAUCACUGAGAUGGAUAUGGAGUAUGAGCGCAGGAAAGGCGAGGGUCUGUCCUACGAGUACGACCCACAGAAAUAUUCCCACCACUACUGGUCCAAGACCACAAGUGAACUGGGUGGAGUCGUUACCACCUCCGGCAUGAAGUACCGCAAGAUCGAGGACUUCCUCAACCUCAACGCUGACUUAAUCUACAGUACAGAGAAUGAGUCGACCAGAGAGAGUGGUUCAGAGACGUCAGGAAUGUGGGAUUACGAUCCCGACAAAUACUGGAGAGCCAGGGGAUACAGAAUCUCUGCAGAACAACGCUAUCAACAGGUCAGGCUGAAGCCAGGCAAGAUUGAGGACUAUGACCCCAUGACCCAUCCUGAUGCACAGCCCAAGUUUGAGGCUCCCGCUGCUGUGAGUGAACCAGAGCCAGUGAUCCAGUCAGGGCAGGGCAUGAUGCGGGCCGUGUUUGACUACACCGCCGCCGAGGACGACGAGAUCAGCUUCAUGGACGGGGACGUCAUCGUGAACUGCGUGAAGAUCGACGACGGGUGGAUGACCGGUACGGUGCAGCGUACGGGUCAGAGCGGGAUGCUGCCCGCAAACUACGUGGAACCCAUGUCGUAGACUGCAGCACCCAACGCCGAAACGAAAACAACAAAAAA